CCCCCCCUUGAUCUGACCCUUCUCGUCCCGUCCUCGGACACUCCCAGACAUGGCCGAUGAGGGUGUCUUUAAGAAGUCCGGGAUCCGCCACAGCUGCUCCCAUCCUGGCCUCUCUCUUGUUUGUUUCCGUUUCUUCCACACACAAAUCUUGCAAGAGUGACACCGACGUCGGCGUAUCACCUCGCUGCUGGCUGCUUGCUACCAGCUACUAACAAGCCAGAUCCAUCCCGUCGUUGUUAGUUCGUACGUGCGUCUGAUCGCCAGCAGUUCCACUUCAUCCCGAAUUCGACGACAUAGACUACAUACACAUCCUUACCUACUGUUUGCGCGCGGCGGUCCGAUACAUAUACACGGGGACGAAUCCGGUCUAUUUCUUCGAGUCUUGAACGACUGCGAUGCCGUUACUUGACACAUGCGUUAACCCCCAGACCGAAAUCGAAUAGCGCCAAUCAACUUCGAGAGAUCGACGAGUAAACGCCGGCUUCAUGUCAUCAUCACCAGAACUUGGCCACUCUCCUCAAUUCUCUAGUCUUUCAUCCGACAUGAUCGCAAUAUCAGCUAUGAACGACACAGCAGUUGACGCUUCACAAAGGCCAAAGCGGGCGAGGACAAGCAAGCCAAAAGUCAAGACGGGUUGCAGCAACUGCAAGUUGCGGAGAAUUAAAUGCGAUGAAAAGCGGCCGGCGUGUUCCAACUGUGUUCGUUCCAGGAAGGUCUGCACAGGCUACCCACCUCCGCCCCGGAGCGCGAGGCCAUCCGAAGUAAUCAAGAUUGCGCCGAAACCAGGACCGGCACCACCCACACCUCUUCCUGGCCGUGAUGCGCCCAUCCAACUUGCCCCACGCCGAGUGACCAAGUACCAAAGACGACACACACCUCCGCAAACACCACGAGAGUCUGCCGCCACCGCCGUAACACUCCACCGAUCGCCGGCCGCGAAUGUGCCAUUUACCGACAGGGAGGGCUUGUAUUUCCAGUUGUUCCGCGAACAUACUGCCAACGAGCUUUCGGGAUUCUUCGAUUCUGGUUUCUGGUCGCGAACUGUCCUACAAGAAUGCCACUUCGAGCCGACGAUCCGCCACGCCGUCGUGGCAUUAGGUGCCCUGUACAAGACUUUAGAGAAGACGAGUGAGUCGCCGCCGGGCUCACCAGCCAGCGAUCGAGACCCCACCGACCUUGCCAUGACGCAUUUCCGAAUGGCUCUGGAGCAAUACCAUGAGGCCAUCCGCUCGCUCAUCAAUACGGCAGAUCCCAUGUCUAACCGGACGAGACUGAUGGCAAGCGUGCUGCUAGCAUGCUUCGACUCGUUCGUUGGCGACCACAAACAGGCCAUUUUCCAGAUCCAGACAGGACUUCAAUUGCUCGAGAAGCUGCGGGCCGAAAGGAGGCGGGCCUUCAUCACCCAGCCGGGCGAGCCCGUGGAAGACGAGCUGAUCCAGAUGUUCACCAGGUUGGCAAUCCAAGCCAAGUCCUACGACAUGGCUUUCCACUUCCCCCAGCCUUACGUUGUGCGCUUGACACCGAUCGAGCAGGACCCUUCAUCCCCAGCUUCCGAUGUUAGCUCUCCCGGCUCUCAGUUCCCAGAUCCCAUCCCAGACCGCUUCGCUUCCGUCAUAGAAGCUCGUGUCGCGUGGGACAAGCUAUGCGAGCGCAUAUUCAAGUUCACCGAGACCAUGUUCAAGCACGUCCCGAACGGUCCCAUGGGGCUUUUACCACCGAAUCUCAAGCGGUACGGCCUCGGCUUCAAGCAGGAUCUCGACGCCUGGUCGGAAGCCUUCGAGCCCAUCCUCCAGUCGCGGACAGCCCCCAGCGUGACCACCCAGGAAAAGGCCGCCAUCGCCGUCCUGAAAAUGUUCCAGAUCAUGGCUUUGAUCCUUUUUCUCAUGACCUUCAACGCCAGUGAGAUGCAGUUUGACAACUUCAACAGCUACUUCAAGACCAUUGUCGACCUAGCCCUGGAAGUAGUAGGCGACGAAGAGCGGCGGGCAGCCGCCAAGCGCUGCCCCGAUCCGGAUUUCUGCCGGCACGGCCAUGGCCACAAUACCAGCUACGAGCGAGCGCGAGACAUGUUUGGUGGGCAUAAUGAGUAUGCGGCCCGGCAUAUCAAGCCGAGCUUCAGUGCCGACCUCGGGAUAGUGCCGCCGCUGUUCGUGGUAGCGACCAAGUGCCGCGACCCGGUGAUUCGAAGGCAAGCUAUCCAGCUCCUCCGCAGUAGUGCUCGGAGAGAGGCCAUGUGGGAUAGCGAGCUGACGGCGAGGAUCGGCAUGUGGAUCACGGAGAUUGAGGAGUCGGAUGAUUUCAGCAUGAUCGUCACGCCAGGUAGCAGUCCCGUGGCAAGCUAUUCGCAGAUGUCCAUGUCCAUGCCCAUGUCUAUGACUAUGGAUGAGUCUGCCGUGGUGGACACCAUGGACGGUGCAGCAAGUGGAAGCAAAUCCGGAGUGGUCCGGUCUGAUAGUAACGGGAGUGCGAAUGGGAUUGCGCCAACGAGAUGGGGAAGGCGGACGGGGAGUUCCACUUCCAGCACCAGCACCAACACUACGGCGUCCGGGAGCAGAACUCACUACAUUUGGCCAACACAACAGCAGCAGCAGCAGCAGCAGCAGCAGCAGCAGCGGCAGUUUGCGCCGCCGCCGCCAAAGGUCAUCAUCCCGGAGGAACGGCGCGUGAUGGUGAGGGCGGUGGAGUUUGACUUGCACAAGCGGACGGCUACGGUCCAGCUUGGCACGAGAGGGUUGCGAAACGGUCAGAUGGAUUUGAAGACAAGGAAAACGAGUAUUACGUGGUGAAUAAUCAAUAUCUUGGAUACCCCAGCAGAGAAGAAAGAAAGAAAGAAGCAAUAAGAAAAAAAAAAAAAACUAGAUUCAAACAGAUAACUGGGCCUUUGGUCUUUUCUUGUGUCAUUGUUGUUGCCAUUUUACUACUGAUGUUCUCCGAUAUACCCCUUCUUUGAAAAACAAUAACAACGUCCUGAAGAUCUAUCUCUAAAAAAAAACGAAGAGACCAGGGAUCGCGAUUCAAAGUGUAUUUCCUGCCCCCAAUGACAGAAAGCGAGUUUUUGCUGGAAAGGGCCAGCCAGCCUGGACCGCCAUUUCAUGUUACGAGGACCCCCCCC